GCAACCCGUGUGAGUCGUCCAAACCAUUUUUGUGUCGAAGCUCUCCCAAGUGUAUAGCCCUCAAAUUCGUCUGUGAUGGAACUUACGACUGUGAGGACGGCUUCGAUGAGGAUCCCGCUGUCUGCAAUGCAGCUGCCAGACCUUCCUUUGAUGACCUAAUUUAUUUCGUGGAGAACGAGCGGAAGUGGAUGAUCCCCAAACUUUUCAACGGCGCCGACCCACAACUUGUGGCACACGCCUUGUCAGUUGCCAGUGAUAUGAACGACCUGAGGGAACAGGUUGGUCUCACAGAGCAGAACGUUGACUUGUUAAGGAGAGCCUUUGAGGGCGCCAUUGAAGGAGAUGAGAGGCCACUGUUGGAGAUGGGAAUGCCCGACAGAUCUUGGCAUGAGGUGCAGUAUGUAUUACAGAAACUGCUGGACAGCGGCUUCAAGAUUUAG